UGGGCGGGGCCUAACGGCAACACUGGGUUGUCCUGAGAAGUCUCUGAGCACGUCUUGAGGGCACUCCAAGACUGGCAGAGUUGAAUGCAAAGACGAAGAACAGGAGAAGCACUGAUACCGCCUUUAGAUUAGACCCCAGCAACAUCUGACUUUCAGAGCUAUGCUGCCAUUCCGCGCUGUCUGACUCGUCUCUCUGCGGUCGUAAGAAUGUCCACAGGCGCUGUUUCCCAAAGGAUGCGCAUUAAAACAUUUUAAAGAACCUGAUGGAUUAUCGCACAUCUUUUUGUUAAAUUUGCCCCUUAGAGUGCCGGUUGCGAAGGAGCUGUUAUUUUAGGAGGUCUUGGCGAAUAGAUUUUUUUUUUGUUUGUUUUUUUUUUUCGUUUCGAAAUCAGACGCUUUUCCAGCAGAUGAUAGCGAGUCGGAUUGUUCUCGUAUUAGUGCCCGAGGACCCGUCGCCGUUAUAAUCUAAUUCGGACCGGUGAGCUGUUUUGCAUCGCGAUGGAUACAACUAUGUGGAGCUAUAUUUUAGGUCUUUUCAUGGUUGCUUGUCGAGUAAAACUGGCUCGAUCAACAGUUUUAGAGUCAAUAUAUUGGAAUACUUCGAACACCAAGUUUAUCCCAGGAAGGGGUGUAGUACUAUACCCUCAGAUCGGAGACAAAAUGGACAUUGUGUGUCCAAGAAUCAAGCCAGGCUCCACUGAGCAGACGAACAUUGAAUACUUCCGGGUCUAUCUUGUUCCCAAAGAACAACUUGAGACCUGCCGAGUCAUUAAGAGCGACAUGUUACUGCUCAACUGUGACAAGCCGGACCAGGACGUGAAGUUCACCUUCAAGUUUCAAGAGUUCAGCCCCAACCUGUGGGGCCUGGAGUUCUACAAAGGAAAGGACUAUCACAUCAUCUCCACAUCAAACAGCACUUUUGAGGGUUUGGACAACCACGACGGCGGUGUCUGUAAGACCAAAUCUAUGAAGCUGGUCCUGCGAGUUGGACAGAGUCCUACAGAUUCGUUCCCAGCUAAAAACUAUCCAACUAGAUAUCCUCCAAAAUACCCUGAAAGUAAGGAAAAAAACACCUUCAGCAAAGAAAACGAUGCUGUCAACAGAGUUGACCCCCUGCAGAACGGUGAAUCCAGAGACAAUACCGGAGAGUCUGUAGGAUCGACUGGAUCUGAAGUAGCCCUGUUCGCUGGCAUCGCGUCUGGUUCCGUCAUCUUCAUCAUCAUCAUCGUCGCCGCUCUGGUAGCGCUGCUGCACCGGCGUCACCAGAAACACUCUGCGCAGUGCUCCGCCCAGCUGCCCUUAAACACGCUGCCCAAACGCGGAAGCGCAGCCAGCGGCGGCAGCAACAAUAACGGCUCUGAGCCGAGCGACAUCAUCUUCCCGCUCAGGACCUCAGGAAGCAUGUACUGCCCGCACUACGAGAAGGUCAGCGGCGACUACGGCCACCCUGUCUAUAUCGUCCAAGAAAUGCCGCCGCAAAAUCCUGCAAACAUUUACUACAAGGUUUGACGGAGAAUGGACAACAGGGAAAGGCCGAACGGUCACAGACAUCAGCGUUUUGAUGCCUCUCAGAUGGUUUAGCUCUAUCAGCUGGAUGAUAGAAGGGCUGAGGUGUCGUCUAGUUCAGGAGAACUUGGUUUUGAGAUUUCUGGAUUAGUUGCUGGUGGACAUGGAAAUUUGCUCUUCUGUUUAUACCUUAAAACUGGAUGGCUUUCAAAGCCUAGAACAAUCUUACAGAUGAACUUGCUGCAAGGUCAUGCUGAAUAAACAUGAUUUUGUUACAAAAUUA